AUGGACGACCACGACCAUUUCACUGAUUUGAGUCAUACACUCCCUCUGUUGGCGGCCUCAGACUUGCCGGGUGAAGUCUUUCAUCGCCCAAUGCACCUUUUUCAUAAUCACGAGUCGUCCUGCACCGACUUUGUCUUUGAUGGUCAUGAGCCAUCCGCAUGGAACCUGCCUUUGCAGCUCAACACCCCUGCCGCGCCGACGAUAGCUCCGUUGACUCUUGGAGUGCCACAUACAUCUCAUGACGACCACUGCAUGGAUGCCUGCCCAGGCAGCUACGACUCUGAGGGCUUGCCUCGCGGCGCCUAUCCUCCGCCGACGGCUAAUCGCCCGUCAGUAUGCCCCGGGACGUACCCGACGACCGAGAUGCAAUCUGUGCAACCCACACAGGACUAUCAGCAGCCGCCGGCCUACUACCCGUUGAUGAUGGGAGCUAGAAACUACAAUUAUGGCUCCACUGGCAUCAGGUCUGUGCCAGAGGCACACAACAACAACGGCCAUCAGUUCUCGAACUCACCCAUGAAUGGUCCUGUUGUCGAUACCACAGUACAGUGCAGCAAUCUCAAUGAUUGCGUUUCUCAGGGCUGCGGAUCUGGCAGCUGCUCAGAGCUAUGCUGUACAGACCCAGGCUGUCAGAACACAGUUUGCCACGGCGAGGAUUGCGCCAACCAAGGCGACCAGUGCCAUGAUAAUCAGUGCUUCACAAGCACUGCGCCCACUGAAGACUUGUAUUCCUUCAAUCACUUCAACCAUGACGAAUGGAACCUGGACGGGGACCCAGGCCAUGGCUUGCUGCACCAUGAUCCGAAUUGCAAUCAUACGCAUACGGAACACGCAGCAGCAAUCACCCUGGAACACCUGAAGAAUCCGGUGGCAGUCCCCCAGUACUCUCGCGGCUACAGCGUCGCCAGUGCUUUCAACGAUGGAGACGUUGAUAUGACGGCGGCAGACACUCCGGCUCUGACUGCCGACACGGUCAACGCUAGUCCUAUGUCUCAUCGACCGAGCCUCUCGUUACCGGACGCCGCCCAUCAGGCUCCUGGAAAGGACCUCACCUGCCAGUGGCUUGUGGGAGACGUGCACAACAAGCACGUCUGCGGUCAAGUAUUCAGCUCUACCGAGGAGUUGCAUGCUCACCUUGGUACUGAUCAUGUUGGAAACAUGAACAGCAAGACUAGAUAUCUCUGCUGCUGGGCUGGAUGUUCUCGCAAGGAUGAUCAGGUAUUUGCGUCUCGGAACAAGCUGCGACGGCACAUUUCAACGCAUACUGCGUUUAAACCUUUCAAGUGCGAAGUGUGUCAAGAAAGCUUUUCUGCACAACAAGCUCUUGACCAGCACGUACGGAUACACACAGGAGAGCGACCGUAUCAGUGCGAUUUUGAAGGCUGCGAAAAGUCUUUCAAACAGAAGAGUGCGCUGACUAUGCAUAAGCGCACUCAUACGGGUGAAAAACCUUUAAGAUGCGACGUCUGCGGCAAGAAGUUUGGCGAGUCCUCCAAUCUCUCAAAACAUCGCAAGCUUCACGAUCGUCAAUACAUUUUCAAAUGUUCCACAUGUCCUCGAGCGUUUGUUCGACUCGAUCAGCUCCGGCGCCACGAGAAGAGACACGAGCGCGACCAAAAAAAGAGUGUUGAGGCCCACCAGCCAAUCGAUUUCUCGACUCUCGAAUACGAUCGCAAGGCCGAAGCGCUGCAAGUUGCCGAGAGCGAGUUUGCCGACAUGCUGCAGAGUUUGGAGUCCUAG